AUGCCCCCAGUGUUUCCGGUAGUUUUGCCAAGUGCAUUGUUAUCUGAUCUAGUCGAAGCCAAGAACAACGGUCCCAACGGACCCAACUUGCAUAUAAGAUUAGGGAAACUAUAUAUCAAAAAGCACUCUAAAUCGUAUGAUAUAGUUCUGGGAGCACAGACUGGCAGCGGUAGCAGUGGCAACUCCUUGACGGAGAGCACGACCAGAGGGCCGCACUUCGACGCAGCGGCGUCGAAGAACGUCACGGCGCUGCUCGGCAAGACAGCUUAUCUGAACUGCAGAGUGAAAAAUCUCGCCAACAGGACGAUGUCUCUGCAGGUGUCGUGGGUGCGGCACAGGGACGUCCACCUGCUGACCGUCGGCCGCUACACCUACACAAGCGACCAGCGCUUCAGAGCCAUCCACCAGCCCCACUCCGAGGACUGGACGCUGCAGAUCAAGUACCCCCAGCACAGGGACUCGGGGGUGUACGAGUGCCAGGUGUCGUCCACACCGCACCUCAGCCACUUCAUACACCUCACGGUGAUCGAGCCAGAUACAGAGAUCGUGGGCGGACCUGAGCUGUUCAUUGAUCGAGGAAGCACCAUCAACCUCACCUGCGUCGUCCGGCACAGUCCCGAGCCGCCCGCUUACAUUUUCUGGAACCAUAACGAUGCUAUAAUCAGCUACUCCAGCUCAAGAGGAGGAGUUAGCGUGGCCACAGAGCGAGGAGAAACCAGCAGAAGCGUCCUCUUGAUACAAAAAGCUAGGCCAUCGGAUUCCGGGAACUACCAGUGUAACCCUUCCAACGCUAGACCAGCUAAUGUCACCGUUCACGUUCUCAAUGGUGAGCACCCCGAGGCCAUGCAGCACGGAGGCAACCAGAGGAUGGGUCCUUCACUGGGCGCGCUGGCCUUCAUCUCGUACAUUCUGUUGGCUUACUGUUAAGUUUCAGACUCUCCAUUUAGUCGUUCAAUGCUAAUGGUCAGUGUCGACGAUGUGCGUGUUACUACUAAAACUAAUUUCUAUUAUGCUCUGGCGAGGUCUGCUACAGCCAUUCAGCCCCAGCGUGGGCACAGUGGGAGGGAUAAGGGGGUUGGAUGAAAUUCUGAGAGGUGAAAUGUAAGAAGCACAGUUGUCUUGCUUUUGUAGUCGGUAAUUCUAAUAGUUCUACUACUAAGAUGUUGCAAAAAAAACAUUCAAUCCUGAAACAAUCAAAACAACUGUUAGCAACUAUAAAAGAACAAAUUGAUUUACUGAGAAUACUACAUAAGUGAGGUACAUACAAUAUCACAGAGUUAAAAUUCAUAGAUCUACUGUAAAUGCGUUUUAAAGAAAUCAAUUUUUGCACUGAUUUUUUAAAAUGGUGCUGUAAG